AUGGAAUCUUAUUUCGAAAUUGAAGGUACUGACAGCGAAGAAGAAAAGUCAAACACAGGCUAUAUUCUUCUCAAGAAUAUUUUAACCAUUGAAGAAGAGAAAGUCGCACCCAGUAGUGAGAAGAAAAGCAAGAAAUUUAGGAGAAUAAAACUCAAGAAAUGCCACGAAUGUGCUAUUUGUUGAGACAUUUACUUUGAUCCACUAAAGUUAGCUUGUGACCACAGAUUUUGAAGGCUAUGCAUUGAAAAAUACAAAGCUUACAACAAAGUUUAUAAAUGUCCUUUAUGAAGAAAAUCUUUCAUGAACUUAAAUAAAGCUAAGGAAGAUCCAAAAUUAGUCAAGAGGAUAAAAGAGCUCUACCCUGAUAAGUAUGAUCAGAAGAAGAAAAAUGCACUAAAGGAGAUCAAUAAGGAUCUUUUAUCCCUAGAUGUAAAGGCUGUCUAUGGGAAUACUUGCAAGCUGGCUUACCCUGCUAUGACAAACGAUCAAGGCGUGAAGACCAAACCUGUUUAUACAUACACACUUUUCUUGGAGUUUCCAACUUUAACCAAGGAAGAUAUUGAAUAUCUGGUAGAAAGGGUAGAGUUCAAUCUACCACCUAAGUAUAAAGAGCAUGUUAGAACGAAAUCUGAGAACACAUCUCUGGCAAAAAGAAUUAAAUCCAAGUAUCCUUUUAAGAUCAGUGAGAAAGCCAGUAGAAGUUGUAAAGCUACUAUAAAAAUCUUCUGGAACAAAAGACUUUGAGAGGAUAUAAAGACCACUAAUAUAUACCCUAUACCUUCAAAGGUCACCUACGACAUCAUGCUAAGCCCCUCUGAUCCAUUCAGCACCAAUGCUACAACUUUCAAGGUGAAAUAUUCCAAAACCUGUCUUGAAAAGACUAAGUUCCAGUCAGUCAAGCAAGCACUUGAAGAUGGCCUUGACCAGAAGAGAGCUAUUUGGAGAUAGAAGAAUGGAAGUAGAGGAGAAGAUUGGGUUUUGUUAAGCAGUUUUAAAGAUUGGAGUUUUGGUGAGGUGGCGGUGGAGAGGAUGGAGUUUAUGGGAAUUUGAGGGGUUUAGGGGAGUUUUGGGCUUUUUGAGGGAAAAAAUUCAUUUUUGUCUCGAUAAUUUGAAGUUUAUGACGGAAACUUAGAAUUUUGGUCCCUAAGCAUUUCUUCUGGCUUUUAACUUCUCCAAAAGUGGAUUAUCUGUAAUUUUUCAUUUUUUCUCCUCAGGAUUCAAGUAUUACUUAAUCAAAUUGUCUAAAAAAUCUUAUAAAAGUAAUAUUUUU